AAGGCACCCAGUGUUGUACACUGAAGUUCAGUUAACGAUGUAAACCGACUUAGUUAAUCACUGAAACUACUUAACGCUAGUAGGUAACUUAAAUCAUCUGCAUACUCAAAUUAGCCUUAGCUAUGAUUCAAGUCGAGAUAAUUACCGCUAAUUCGCAACUUCAGCUCCGCUUGUUAGCAGAUGGAGGCGUCUUUGGGAGCUCUACAAAGUCCUGACCUAAGCUCUGUGCUGUCGUCCUGUGAGCCAGAGCUCCAGGAGCUGAUGCGACAAAUUGACAUCAUGAUCAACCAUCAGAAGAGGGAGUGGGAGGCUGAGAUGAAGGCCAUGGAGCUCCGUCUGAAAAGUGGGGAAGAGGAGCUGUCAACUUCCAGGAAUCUCAUUGAACGGAGGGACCUGGAGAUCGGAUUGCUCCGCAAGCAGCUAGAAGAUGUCCAGACUGAUCGACAAGAGUUAGUCACCAAGUACGAGCAACAGCUGCAGAAAGUCCGUGAAGAGUUGGAUAAAUUGAAGAGGAGUUAUCAAAAGCUUCAGCGCAAACAGCUCAAGGACACCAGCAGAGGAACGAAUAGUAAAGACAGUGACCUCUCAGAGGUGACCCGACUCAGUGAAAAGAUUGAGGAGUAUCAUCAGUGCUCUGUAGAGUGGGAGCAGCAGCGCAUCCAGUACCAAACCCAACUGACAGCACUGGAGGCCCAGAAUAAGAGCCUGACUGAUGAGCUCAUGCACAUAAAAUCCCAGUCGGCGUCCAGGCAAAAAGAGAGGGAGCACAGGGAGUGCUGUUUAGAGGUGCAACGUCUGUGCACUCAGCUGGAGAAAGUUCAGGGCAGCCUGCACUCACAGGAGCUGGAACUGGAGCGCCUCCGACCCCUUGAGAUGUGGCUGGGACAGUACCAGAGAGAGCAGCAGGUGCUCUCAGAGGAAAGGGAGGAACUCCACGCCACACUGGACUCUCAGGAUACAUUUGUACGAAGAGCCAGCCUCGAGCGCCAAAGGCUUCGUAACGAGGCUGCCAGACUCAACCAAGCACUGCAGGCUAAAGAUCAAGUCAUUCGCUCUCUGGAGGACUGUCUGUCAGCUCACAGCUGCGUCGGUGUGGAAACCCUCAGACAAGACCUGGAGAAGACUGCAACCAAGCUUCACUGUGCCCAAGCAUGUGAGGUUCAUCUCAGGGCUGAGGUGGCGUGUCUCAAAGAAAGACUGGAGAAGGUGAGCCGACAGAGAGCAGACCACUCAAAGGCAGAGCAGGAGCUGAGGAAGGUUAAAGCGGAAUAUGACCCCUCUGUUGCAGAAAUGAAAAAGCUCAGAGAAGAGCUUCAGAGGGCCAAGCAGACUCACGGCGGUGAGGUGGAGGGCAUGAGGAAGGAGGUGUCAAAGCUGACCAGGGAGCUGCACCAGCGCGACCUCACCAUCGUCACACUGAGCAGCUCCUCUUCCAGCAUCAAGCAGCAGCUUCGAGGCGAGCUGGAGCGAGCAGAACAGAAGACAGCUGAGCUUCAAAUGACUCAGGCACAGCUGGACACCCUGCAAACUGAGAACCAACAUCUGAAGAGUCUGCUGCAGAGAAGAGAGUCUCACUCACCCAAGAGGGUGGAUUCCUCGCUUGCUUCCCUGAGGGAGAGUUAUGUGUCAUCUCUGAGCAGCUUGGAGCAGGAGAAUCGGCAGCUGAGGCAGGAACUUGCUGAGAAGCACACGCAACUUGGGCAUCAGGACAAGUAUGAACGAGCCCUUCUCAGUCACGCCACGACUGACCAACCACAGCCUCCUCAGAUUAGUAAUGAAGAUCACAGACACAGGGAGGAGGUGCAGGCCACCCAGGCUAAGCUGCGGGAGAACAACACUUGUUAUGAAGGAGAGAUCCAGAGGCUCUUCAAACAGCUGCAGACCAUGUCCCAAUCCUCCACAGAGCAGCCCUGCAGCCAGGCCCAAGACAGCAAGUCUCAUUCUGCAGCAUCCCGCUGCUCCUCCAGCUCAUCAGGCAGCAGAAGACUCAGCAGGAAAAACUCAGUGCCAACCUUAAGCUCCAAUGAAUCUGCAGCAGAGGGACACAGCUCCAGCUCAGAAGACUCUCGAAGCUUAGUACUCUCUCCUUCGCCAAUGGAGCCUUUGUCAGUGUCACCUGCAGACGUCAUGGUGUCUCAUUUCUUGGAGGAAGAAAGCUUGCGGUCCAAGGAGCUGCUCCAGAGACUGGACACCUACAUCCAGGAUAUGAGAGAAAAUAACACCAUGACGGUGUCAAAGCACCUACCUGGUGGCUUAGAGCCCGAGUCUGCCCAGACUUCAGUACAGAAUGCUCUGGUCUGCUGUCUCAUCCACUGCCUCCACCGACAUUUCAACGUGCUCAGCUGUCUCAGCGGCCACAAACAAGUGGUCGUGGACGCACCACAUAAACUAGAAAAGAAUGUUCUUGUGAGCCAAAGGAGUGUCCGUCCUCCCUGCACGUCCAUCAUAACUGGGAAAAUACCACAUAUGUACAUGUCUGUCCAGACAUCCCAGAUAGCAGGGAAGGAGAGAAAGCAGUUUCUACUGUCGCUCUCCUCAUCUCCCCAUUUACUCUUCUCCCGAACACCCCCCCACCAUCACCACCACCACCACCACCACCACCACCCACCCUGCAGAGGCCCUCCAGCUAGUCUUGCAAAGAUUCAGAGCAGGAAUGUGUGCACCAUGCCAAUGCUGUCAUGAACCUUCCCCUGCGGCCUGCUUUGUCCUCAUCAUUAGCGCUUAUGGAAUGUUAAUAUCAAACAUGUGGGGCGCUGAACCUCAGAAACACUGAAAGGCCAGGAGGGAAAUAGUUGUAUUUUACUGGCUUCUUAAUGAUGGAUACAAUGACUGAAUGGAAAUAAAAUGGAAAAAAUCUCAAGA